GAGGCAGGCGGACCUGCAGGAUAGCCUGUACAAAGACACCAUGCUGGGUUUCUCCUAUCAGAUAGGCAUUUUCUGCAAAGACAGUAACUGGUGGGUGAAUAAGGCUCUGGUGACUGCUACGGACAUUUUGACUUCUAAGGGGAUCAUCCAUGAAGUGUCUGCUGUACUGAAGGUGCCCAGGAACCGCUGUGACACAGCGUCCACCAAGAUCUUCCAGGGGCAGUGCAUGGACUGCUUUCACCCAACCGAGAGCCGUUGUCCCCCUGGAACCCAGCAAGUAUUCACGUCCAUAAAAAGGACCAAAUGUGCAUAUAGCAGGAGGAAACACGGGAUGUUCAUUGGCUGUGAGGCUUCCUGCCAAAAACGGACCAUCGUAAGGAAGUGUUGCGAGGGCUUUUAUGGUGUUAACUGUGAGAGCUGUCCAGGGCCAGAAGGCCAGCCCUGUUUUGGUAACGGUGUGUGUGUGGACGGUAUUAAUGGUACAGGAGCGUGUCGGUGCAACCCUGGCUUUAACGGCACAGCCUGCGAGUCCUGCCAGACGGGAAAGUACGGCAUCCACUGUGACCAAGACUGUAAGUGUGUGAAUGGUCACUGUAAUGAUGGUCAGGAGGGGGAUGGCACCUGCGAUUGUGACCCCCCUCUCACUCUCUGA